AUGGAUGAAACUAUAGGUGACGAUACGCCUGGCUAUGUCAGACAAAACAGCGAGCUGAUGGACGCUACUGAGAUACGGCAGAAACUGUCGGACCGAAAGAAAGCGGAGGAUUUGUUAAAAGAGGAAGAAAGGAAAGCCCAGAAUAGCAGCCCAGUCACACCUUACAUCAACACCACUCCCAGUAGGGCGCCGGUCUUCAUUGGCAUUCAUCACACAAUUCUAGCGAAGGAGGUAGAUACAGAUGCAACUACAGAUGCAGAUAAGGAUGACAAUGGCCACUCACCCGCACAUACUGAGACCCAAACACACACAGACAACCAUACAGAGAGCGAUGCUAGCACAGCGAGUGGUACGAGUGUCAUGGCCAACCCCCCACCGUUUACCGGCAUACAUGGUAUGGUGCAGAACGGUGAUGUGAGUGUAAGCGGCGGAACGAAUAGUACGGCGCCGGAGAAGCCCGACUAUAGGAUGGAUAUGCUCAUGGACAUCUUUAGGAAGGAGUCUAUCAAUGGUCAUCUCAACUGCACCGGGCCCUGUUGUAAAACGAAGCGGCCCUCAUGA